AUGAGGUUCGAACAUGCUCUUGUGAUGGCUUCAACAGAAGAUUUCCCACUACAGGCACAACUGGAGGUUACCUCUGCCGCUCAUGAUUCCAUUAUAAGCUCCUGCGCGGCGGAUGCUAAGUCUGGCGAUCCAUGGCAAAUAAUUUCGCGCGGGCGAAAGAUAUGGAGACUUGGGAAUAAAAUAUUCGCACUUGCGGCACUCUCUGAAGCCUUUCAUCAAGAAGUAGCACGCUUUCGGAUCCACCCUGCUCUUCAGGAUGCAAGCUUGCAUACAUUGUACGUCAAUCAACAGUACAGAGGGAACCCGACGGAAAUAUACCCCCCUUAUGCCAUCGAAGAAGUGCAAAUGUUUGACGCACGUGGGGCUGUAAGCACUGCUGUUCAUAUCCAGGUUACUCGCCAUGACGACACACUCAUUCGUGGCCAUGUAACCGUGUGGAGCUCGGACGGUGACUUAAUCGCUAUCGCUAGAGGGUUUUUUGGGAAGCAAAUUCCAAGUCACAGUAUUGGUAAUGUGCCACAGUAUGAUAUCUCAUUUACCCCGGAGCUAGAAGGCAGUUCCUUCGAAGUUGUCUGCGGUAAUGUGGUGUUAUUUGAACCGCAACCAGGUGUCAUGGAUUGUACCUCCGCUAUUCAGUCUGCUUUUCCAGGGGCUCAUAUACAAAAAUUUGAAAGCUUUCCUCAAGAGAAGCCUAAGAUAACGGAAAGGCUAGACUACCCUCUGGACGGGCGUGGCCUCAUUGUCGUCCCAAGUAUCAUCUUGGCUUCCCGGGCCAACCUAGAGUUGACAAUCCAUGCGAUCAUGGAAAUUGCAAACCGCCUUCAUUCAUGUAAAGGGGCUACGACUGUAAUCGUCAUUAGCAAAGGAGAUUGUAUGACCCCAGUAGACUCAAACUGUGACCCAUUCUCUUCUGCGCUACAGGUGGCCAUAAGGGUAGCAGCGAACGAACUUCCGUGGGUUCGGCCGAUUCCGGCUGAUCUUCCAUUUGGUGAGAGCGAUAAUCAACUCAAGUUGCUCGAAUCAGAAUUCCGCAGAGGUCGGCUUCGCUGUGAUGAAAAUGUAGUAGCCUUGAGCCCUGAAGGGGUAUUCGUGAAACGGCUGAUCCUCCUUAACCCUCAGGAUGAAGGCUGCGAGGAUUAUAAGCCUGUACUUCUGAUGCCUGCGCGGGGUGGCCGGUACUUUGCUGAACCUGAUCCCGGAGGCUCACUAGAUGGCAUUAAGUUCCGUCAAUGUGCUCCCCGGUCAGAUGUUCUUAGGGCCGAAGCCAUAAGCAUUGACAUCCACUACGCAGGGCUCACACUCAGGAUGGAGGUGUCAGGUAUUGUCUCCGCCGUUGGCGAAAAGGUGCAGGGCCUCGAAGUUGGAUGCGAAGUUGUGGCCAGAGUAGCGAACGGCAUUGCUGGGAAUAUUAUCGCCAAUCAAAGUCUAGCUCAGUUCAAGCCCAAGUCGCAUGACCUAGCACAAGCUGCUGCCGAUGCCGGGGCCAUGUCAACUGCAUAUUACACACUUUUAUAUUUGGCUAAAGUCAUUGCAGGAGAAAGUGUGCUGGUUCACGCCGCUGUCGGUGGUGUAGGGAUGGCGGCGAUUCAAAUUGCUCACGCACUUGGAGCACAUGUAUAUGCAACCGCAGGGAGGUCUGAACGGCGUGAAGCUGUUGCAAACAUGCAAGGCGUUCGGGGAGGAUUUGAUUCCCGUUCAGUGUCAUUCCGUGAUAGUCAAAAAGGCCACAAAUGGCCGUGGAGUUGA